AUGGGGAUGGAGGAGCGAGAGAGGAUACCUGUGGUGGAGGGGGUGCCCGUGCAGGAUAUACCUGAGGACGUGGAGGGGGUACCCGAGGAGGAGAGGGUACCGGAGAUGGAGGUGGAGGUGGUACCCGAGAUGACGUCACCCGAUGCAGAGGGGAUACCCGAGGAGGUGGGGGUGCCCGUGCAGGGGAUACCUGAGGACGUCGAGGGGGCAUCGGAGGUGGAGGUGGAGGUGGAGGUGGUACCCGUACAGGAGAUACCUGGGGAUGCUGAGUGGGCACCGAAAGAGGAUAGGGUACUGGAGCUGGAGGUCAUACCCAUGCACGGGAUACCCGGGGAUGUCGAGGGGGCACUGGAGGAGGAGAGGGUACCGGAGGUGGAGGUGGUACCCGAGAAGACGCCAGACUCGCCGACCGUGGUCUUUGUGUCGUAG